UCUGCCCCAGUCCUCCUCCGUCUUCUGCCCCAAGUGGAAGGUGUAGUUGCAGUCCCCAGACGGAACAGUCCUUAAUGGCGGUUAGUUCGAAAAGGGAAUCCUUUCUUCCUCCUUGCAAAAAGUUGGCUCGAAGCUCAGUUGGCUUAGUUCCGCGGACUUGGACAGUUCGACAGUUCCCAUUGACCAAGAAGGCAGCCAACCAAGAAGAAAGCCAGUUUAGGCCCUGAUUAACUUUCCCUACCGAGGAGCAUUAGUUGCGUUUAGUGCUUCCGCAUUCCGCAAAUUUGUGUCAAUUGCCACCAGGCAGGACACGUUAGCGGUGGAGCCGCAGGACUCGUCGAGCCGCAGGAUUCCGUGAUAACUUGAUGAGUAUUCAAUUGGAGCUCAAUCAGUUAACAACAGUGUCUAGUGCGCGGUCUUAAUUUGGAAACAAAAUAAAACCAAACAAAAGAAAGUGCCUGAAAAGUCAACUCGAGGAUUCAAGUGGGAUAUACAUAUAUCAGCCGGAUUAAUUGCCAGUGAGAAAUGCAGGCGUAUCGCGAUAACUUCAAGCAAACGCCCUGCCCAUCGGCCGUCGACCUUCAGGGGGCGCCGUCACCCCUCCACCCGCCGGCCAACGCCUCCCGGCUGCCCUUCUCGCGCAGCCAGCGUGGGCGUGACCCCUCCGCCAGUGCCGCCUCCGUUGCCGCCUCCGCCGCCGGUGUCCUCACGCCCAGGAUGAUGAGUCCCGGUCCGCCGGGCGGAGGAGGAGGAGUUGGAGGAGUGGGAGGAGCCGGUGGCAGCGUGGGCGGGGAUGCCUCCGCCCUUCUCCGCCAGAAUCAGGAGCUGCGUCAGCGCUUGGCGGAUGAGUCGCACAGCUAUCGACGUCGCUUGGACACCUACAAGCAGGCGCAGCACAACCAGGCCAACCUGGUCAGCCGACUCCAGUCGAAGAUCCAGCAGUACCGCCAGAGGUGCAGCGAUCUGGAGGACCGCAUGCACGAGACCAUCAAGCCGACGGCGGGAACAGGUCCCAAGUUGACCACAGGUCCAACCACCAGCCAGGUGCUGUGCUCCACAUCUUUGACUUUGGGCCAGAGCAGCUUGCCCUGCAGCUCCUCGCUGGACUCGCCGCCUCCCAGUUGCAGUCGCGACUAUGUCCACGACGAUGUCCUGGGUGCCGGUGGCUCCGGUGGAGCAGCGGAACUGUGCCGCAAACUGGAGGAGGAGCACCAGCGCUGCGAGCAGAUCCUGGCCCAGAACAAUGCGCUCCGCCAGCAGCUGGAGGAGUCGAAUCGGACCAACGAGGCGCUGACCAACGACCUGCAGAAGCUGACCAACGACUGGGCCGGACUGCGGGAUGAGCUGCUGAUCAAGGAGGACGAGUUCAAGGAGGAGGAGCAGGCCUUUAAGGACUACUACAACAGCGAGCACAAUCGCUUGCUGAAAAUGUGGCGCGAAGUGGUGGCGGUCAAGCGAUCCUUCAAGGAAAUGCAGACGGCCAUGAAGGCGGAGGUGGCCAAAAUGGGUCAGGAGAUUAGCUGCGUGGGCAAGGACAUCAGUGGCUCCAAUGCAUCGGUGGCCUUUGCCCAUCAGCAGGCGAAACGGGCGGCGGAUGAGGAGCUCAAGCAAUCGCAGCGCAGCAACGACGAGCUCCAGAAUCAGUUGGCCACCUUGAAGGUGCAGUACGAAAGUGCUCGGCACGAGAUUAUGGAGCGGGACCAGCGACUGCUGGAGCUGAUGAACCAGCUGAAGAAGCUGGAGGAUCGCUGUGCCCAGGCGGAGUCGCAGGCUGCUCUGGCCAGUCGUUAUAGCGACGAGAUCGAGCGGCUGAACAACUCAAUGCGGGAAAUUGCGCAGGCGGUUGUUCAAGAUGCCGAGAUCGCUGAUCGCGAGGCGGACGCCGAGGUCACCGGCGGGGUCAUGCAGCACAUGCACCUCUCGCGUGACGCCACCGCCGGCGGAGCAGGUGGUCCGGGCAGCACCACUGGUGGAGGAGGUGGUGGGAAAUCCCCGCGCCGGAACUCGACACGUGCCUCGCAAGCAUUUGCCGAGGGAACCAUCUCAGCCGUACAGGCGGCCCUGCAUAAGUACCAACUGGCUCUCCAUGACAUGCAGGUGAAAUUCCAGCACACCAGCGAAACACUGCGCACCACCAAGGCGCAGCUGGACACCAGCGAGGGCACCAAGCAGCUCCUGACCACCAAGAUGCAGCAGCUCACCGAGAAGCUGGACAGCAGCAACUCGAAGCUGUCGGAACUCCUGCAGGAGCGGGAGAGUCUGCAGCGGGGAUUGGACGACGUGAGGAGCCAGAAGCAGCAGUCCGAAAUGGGUAGAGCCGAUAUCAAUAGUGCGUUCGAAAACCUGAGCAGUGACUUUGAAAAGCUUCAGCUGAACUGUGGAAAACUGCAGAAGCGCAUUGAUUCCAUGGAGGAGGACAAAAAGGCAGUGGAGUUGGAAAUCCAGCGCAUUCUGAAGGACAAGAAUAUUACCGAGUUGAACCUGAGAUCCGAGGAAGAUCGCAGCAGUCGCUUGAGGGAGGAAACCAUCUCCCUCCGCGAAGAACUCAAUCGGGUUAGUCUGAAUCGAGAUCUUCUGGAGCAGCAGCGCAUCGAAUCGGACAACCUAAUCAAUCUGCUCGAGAAGCAGAAGUCCGAUUUGGAGUACGACUUGGACAAACUUCUGCUGGAGAAGUGUGACUUGCAGGAGAAGCACGAGAAGCUAUCCAACAAUAGUUGCUCCACCACCGAUGAACUGAAGAGCGUUCAAAGUUGCCUCCAGGAAGCUCAAGAGGAGCGAAAGAAACUCCGUCUCCAGUCCGCAGAUCAGUGCAAUGAAAUUGGAGAGCUCAAGAAGGAGUUGGCCAUUUUGGACAAGGCGCGGCUUGAACUGGAAACAGAUAACCUUUCCGCCGGUGAGAAACUGAAGUGCCUGCAACUGGAAAAGGAGAAGAUCCUGCAGGAUUUGGCCUGUGUCACCCGGGAUCGUGGUGAUAUCCACAAUCAACUAACAGCCAUGUGUCGCAAAAAGGAGGCUUUGAAUGAGGAACUCAUGCGAACUCGCCAGCGAUUGGAACAAACCACCGAAACUAAUAAUCGAUUGAACCGAAAUCUGGAGGAGAUGGUCAAGGAUGUGGAGGAGAAGCAGGUGGUCAUUGAUCUGCAUGAGAAGGACACUCAUCGCUUGAACGAACUUCUGGCUGCUUUGCGUUCGGAGAAGGAAUCCUUGGAAUCGGUUCUCUUUGAUACCAACACCACUUUGGAGGCCACCGAGGAGCGACGAAGCCAGUUGGAGCGGGAUUUGCAGGAGGCUUUGGUGCGCGAGGAGUCCUUGAAGAACCAUGUGGCUCGUCUGCAAAAGGAACUCGAGCAGUGCCAGCGAAAGGCCCAAGAAACCAAGACGCAGUUGCUCAACGCGGCUCGUGCGGCGGAAAGUGACUUCAAUCAGAAGAUCGCCAAUCUUCAGGCUUGUGCCGAGGAUGCGGCCAAGCGACAUGGCGAGGAGAUCCUUCAGCUGAGGAACGCCCUUGAGAAGCGAAUGCAACAGGCUCUGCAGGCACUGCAAACGGCCAAGGAUGAUGAGAUCGAGAAGUUGCAGGAGCGACUGGCCACCCUGCAGGCUCAUCUGGAAAGUCUGGUGCAGCAGCACGAGGAGGCACUGAUUCGAGCGGAGAGUGAGAAGCAACAGGCUCUGCUGAUUGCCCACCGGGAUAAGCAGGCGGUGGCCGAGCGACUGGAGGCCGUGUCCCGGGAUCUCAAGACCGAACAGGAGUCACUCGAUCGCAGCCGCCGGGAGGCAAAUGCCCGGGAUGAGAAGCAACGGGCGGCCAUUGCUCAGCUCAAGGACGAAAUGGUGCAAAUGAGGACCAAGGAGGAGGAGCACAAGAUCAAGUUGGAGGAGUGCAUCCGCAAGCAGGAACUCCAGUUGAGUAGCAUGCGAGAGGAGCGGGACACUUUGUGUCGUGUUAGCGAGGAGCUGAAGAUGGAGAUCCGUCUCAAGGAGGACAAAAUGGAAGGCACCAACAACGAGCUGCAGGAUGCGCUGCGCAAAUCCAAGGAGGGUGAGGGCUUCAUCGACAGCUUGCGCAAGGAGCUGACCGACUGUCGUCGCCAACUGGCGGACAGCAACAUCGAGCGGGACAAGUACUCCGGGAGCAACAAGGAGCUGCGUGAUCAUGUCAAGCGCGUGGAGAGCGCCAAGCGGGAACAGGCCCGCGCUAUCGAGGAGGCCCUGCAGAAGAUCAGCAAUCUGGAGGACACCAAGAACUCGCUGGAGAACGAACGCACGCGGCUGAGUACGAUCCUCAAGGAGACGGAGAACCACUUCACGAAGACCACCCAGGAUCUGAAUGCCACCAAGGCGCAGUUGCAGAAGGCCCAAGUGGAGUUUGCCCAGAAGGACGAGGGCGGCAAGGAGCUGCAGUGCAAGCUGGUGGCCGAGGUGGAGCUGAAGGAGCGGGCCCAGCAGGAGCUGUGCCAGAUCAAGAAGCAGCUGUCCGACCUGGAGGCCAAUCUGUGUGCCACGCGCCAGGAGUUGGGAAGGGCCCGCUGCCAGAACAACCAGGAGGAGCACCGUUUCCAUGCCAGGGAGCAGGAGUUGGCCCAGCGCCUGGAGGAGGGUCGUGGCCGAGAGAAGCGUCUGGAGGAUCAGAAGCACAACCUGGAGGUUUGCCUCGCGGAUGCCACGCAGCAGAUCCAGGAGUUAAAGGCUCGUUUGGGCGGAGCCGAGGGUAGGAUUCGUGCUCUGGAUGAGCAGUUGUCCUGCGUGGAGCUGCACAAGCGGGACACCGAGCAGAAGCUCUCCUCCGUGGUCCACACGCUGCGCAGGAUUGCCGGCAUCCAGGUGGAUGGCAGUGUGAAUCUCUCGCACCGUUUGCUCAGUCCCUCGAGGAGAUUCAGUCCGUCGCGCAGUUGCGGCGACUACGAUAACAGGAGCACCUCCCAGUGUCCCGACGGACCCAUCGAUGUGGAUCCGGAUCUGGUGAGGAAGGGCGUUCGCAACCUCAUGCACCAGGUGGCUCAGUUGGAGCGCGAGAAGGAUGACUACAAAUCCCAACUGGGAGCAGCCAAGAAACAGCUUCAAGAUGCCGCCGAGCAGCAGCUGAAAUGCGAUGCCAAGCUGGGCAAGCUGCAGGCCAUGUUGCGGAAUCUGCAGGAGGAGAAGAGCAACCUGGAAACGGACCGCAAGAUGAAGAUCUCGGCCAUCCAGGCGCUGGAGGAGAAGCUCAAGCACCGCAACGAUGAGUGUCAGUUGCUAAGGGAACGAUUGGCCCAAACGGAAAUGCAGUUGGCCGCCACCUCCGAGGAGAAUGGUCAGAAUGAGGAGCGUCUGGAGAAGAGCCGCCAGCAGUGCUCGAAGUUGGACAACGAGAAGCGCCAGCUGCAGGAGGAACUGGCCAAGGUGGAGGGCAGGGCCAGUAAGCUGGAUCUCCAGCGGGUUGCCAUGGAAGGUGAUCUCACCCGGCUGCAAAUGGCGCUGCAGGAGAAGGACUGCAGCAUUCGUCAGAUGACCGAAAGGCUGGAGAACCAGAACCGUGCUCUCACCCAACUGGAAGAUCGCUGCACUGCCCUCAAGUCCACCGUGGAUCAGUUGAAGGAGCGCCUGCAAAAGUCCGCCGUGAGUGAAACCCAGUUGAGGGGCGAACUGAAGACCCUGCAGAAGGAGCUCUCCGAGCAGGGACACUGCUCGCAGGCCAACGAGGAUAAGCUGAAGCUGGUGCAGAAGUCCCUGCAGACCGCCGAGAACGAGAAGCGCAUCCUUACCGAGCGUUUGGACAGCGCCCAGACCAAUCUCAACGAGCUGCGUCGGAGUCAGCAGGCCCAGUUGGAUGGCAAUCAGCGGCUGCAGGAGCAGGUCACCGAUCUGGAGGUCCAACGGUCCGCUCUGGAGUCGCAGUUGCGCAUCGCCAAGUGGAACCAGGAGAGCGGCGGCGACAAGGGUUUGACCAACGGAAACGGAGGCGGCAAUGGCGAGGAUGAACUCAGCAGACAGCUGAAGUCCUCGCAGCGGGAGAAGUCAGAGCUACGCAGCAAACUGCAGACUCUCCAGGACAAAGUCAAGCAAUUGGAGUGCGAACGCAAGAGCAAGUUCUCCGGCGGAAAUGCCUACGACCGUGCCGAAAAGUCCAACUCCUAUUAUGGAGGAGCUGCUGAUUCCGGAGAGCUCGACUCCAAUCGCUAUGAUGUGGGUGGUGGCAAUGCCGGCGGAGGCGGAGGUGGUGGUGGUGGAGGAGGAUCCUUCAACUGCGGAUUGGAUCACAGUGUCAUCGAGCAGGAGACACGCGAUCUGCGCCUCAAGGUGCGCCGCCUGGAAACUCUGCUGGCGGAGAAGGAAUCGGAGUUGGCGCGAUGCAAGGCGCGCAUGAACGACAGCGCCAAGUGCCAUGAUGGAUUAGAUGGGGAUCGCUAUCGCAGUGCCCAGAUGCAUGCCGAGAAGCUGCUCGAUGCCAGGGAACAGUCGCACCGGCAACAGGUUCUUCGCUUGGAGAAUCAGAUCUCCAUGCUGCGCGAGCAGUUGGCCCAAGAGGCCAAGCGGCGUCAACAAUAUAUUCUGAGAAGCUCAAAGGCCAAUCGGGAAAUGCAGCACCUGAGAAGCACACUGGGAGAUUCCCUGCGCAACGUAUCCCAGCAUCCGGUGGAUGCCCACCUCCUGGAAAGCGAGAGCCGACGUCUCGAUUCAGCCGUUUCGAUGAGUCUGCCGCCCUCGUCUUGCAGGGACUAUGAUCGCGAUUAGAUCAAUUUAAAGUAUAGAUUUGGUUAAACUUGAUCCCGCCAAGAAGAAGUAAUGCUCACUGCCAUUUGCAUUUAUUUUGAGAAGGCUUCCUGGACUGCUCCAGUCGCAUCUGAGUUAAUCAUCGCGUGCAUUUCAACUCGUUUGCCUUAGUACAAUUCUAGCUGUUCAUUGUCUGCCCCGAUAGACAAUCGAAUAUAGUGCGUUCCAUCCAGUCGCAUACGAGCAUCCGGUAGCGAUGAUGCCAUGAUUUCAUCUUCACACGAAUAACUACGCAUUAAUGGGUCACGAGUUCCGAUUCUCCCUGAUCGAGGGAGAACACCGAACUAUAUAUCACACGUCAAUUUACAUCAUUUGCAUUUACAUAUUGGCCAGAACACCGAACUAGUCAGCACGAAACCAAGCAACUUAAUAUAUUUAAUCUUUAGCAUAUUUAAUCCUAUAUACAGUGCGGUUUGUCGACUGCAUGUUUUAUAAAGUAUAUACAAGAGAAACUCACAACACAA